AUGCUCAUUUUAAAACUGACUGCAUUCACCUUGCUGGCUGCAGUUUGCUGUACACUACCAGCUGCAGCGAGUAGAGUGGUCACCUGUGACAAUGGAGAAAACGUCCAGUUCCUGAACUGUGAUUCUGGAGUGAUCUUCAUUGAGAGAGCUCUGUACGGACGGACUGACGGAACCACCUGCAGAGAAGGACGACCUGCCAACCAGCUAACCAACACACAGUGUUCAAAGACAGGCACCCUGGAGGUCCUCUCACAGAGGUGCAAUGGGAAACAGGUGUGUGAAGUGAACACUGAAGUCUUCCGUACUUCUGACCCCUGUGUUGGAAUCUACAAAUACCUGGAAACCACCUACACCUGUAUCCGAGCAACACGCAGCAUCACGUGUGAAGGCUCUUUUGCCCAACUAGAAUGUGAUGAAGGUACGAUCCAGAUCCACAGUGCCAACUAUGGCCGCCGUGACCAGCAAGUGUGUUCCUUUAAUCGGCCCGCUAACCAACUAACCAACACCAACUGCCUCAGCCAAUUCACCACUGCCAGUAAGGUGGCAAAGAGUUGUGAUGGGAAGAGCCAGUGUGACGUCCCGGUGUCCAACUCUCUAUUUGGAGAUCCCUGUGUAGGAACCUACAAGUACCUGGAUGUGGCUUACACCUGUGGCUAA